AUGGAACAGGAUCGAGUUGCUGGAUCUUGCGACUCCCCUCCUUAUUUUGAUGGAAACAACUACGCUGCUUGGAGAGAAAAAUUUGAGAUAUUCCUUGAUGCUCUUGAUGAGAACGCAAGUGAGUAUCUCACAAAAGAGUGGGUUGCUCCUGUCAAGACUGUUGAGAGUAAUGUUGUGCCCAAGCCUAGGUCGAAAUGGACUGAAGCUGAGGUGUUUGCUGCAUAUUCAAACAAGAAGGCCAGAAAUGCCUUAGUUACAGCCUUGUCUAGAGCACAAUUUUCACAUAUACAACACAUCCCAAAUGCGAAACAAGCUUGGGAUAAACUAAGGGUGGUUCAUGAAGGGGAUGACCAAGUUAGAAUCCUUAAACCUCAAAUGGUGCUUGCAGAAUUUGAAGAACUUAGGAUGUUUGAAACUGAGUCUAUUUCUGAGUUCUAUGAGAGAGUUGAGAUGAUCACAAAUGAAGCCAUGAGUCUCGGUCAACCUAUUGAUAAGCUUCUUGUUGUUCAGAAAAUCCUUCGUGUUCUACCAUCUAGGUUUAGAGCAAAGAAAGCUGCAAUCAUGGAGGUCCAAAACUUAAAUGAAAUUAAGCUUGGCAAGCUCGUAGGAAAAUUGAAAACCUAUGAGAUGGAGUUGAAUAUGGAAGAGAAUGACACUAAAAAAUCAAAAAAUGUUGCACUUCAAGGAGUGAAUGAUUCAUCUCUGAAAGGUGGUGAAAAAUCCUCAAGUUUUGAGGACGAGAUGGCUUUGUUUGUCAAAAAAUUUAGGAGAAUUCUUAGGGAUAAAGGAAAGUUUGCUAGAGAGGGCAGCUCUGGUAGUGAGAGACAAUUUAGACCAUCAACUGAUCGGUCUAAUGAGAGGAACAAGGAUGUCAAAUCUUUCACUAAAGAUUUUAGAAAAUCUGUCAAGUGCUUCACAUGUGGAGGCAUUGGGCACUAUGCUGCCGACUGUGCAAACAAUCAGAAAAAAUACUCCAAAGGAAAGGACAAGGCCAUGAAAGUUAGCUGGAGUGAGAGUGAAAGUGAAGUGUCUCAAGAGGAUUCUUCCUCUGAUAAUGAUGACCACCAUGUUGCUUUUGUUGCCUCUGUGCAGCCAGUGUCUGAUGAAUCUGAUUCUGAGUCAGAUGACCUGUCAUACGAGUCAUUAGGAAGAAAAUAUGAUUGUUUGUUCAAAGAGACAUUGUCUUUGAAAGAAGAGAGCCUCAAACCUGAGGCCAACAACCAUGAACUUCAACAUGAAAUCCUCAUCUUAAAAGAAACCAAAAAGGAGUUAAAUGACAAAUUUGUGUCUCUAGAAAAAGAAUUUGUUGCACUUGUGUCAAUUAGGAGUAAUCAUGAAAAUCAAGUUAAUGUGCUCAAGGAAAGUAACAUUGGUUUCCAGAACUCAAACAAACUGCUCCUAGGUGAAUUGAAUGAAGCAAAAAGUAAGGUUAUAUCUAUGACCAUUGGUGCCUUAAAAAUUGACAAAAUGUUGACUAUGGAAAACCUCAUGGGGACAAAGGUGGUCUUGGAUUUAAUCAUUUUGAUUCUAGUUCGUCUAGCUCUACCACUAGGUCAUACCAAAUGUCUUGUUGUGCUAAAUGCUUUUGCUGCAUCAAACACCAACUCUUGGUACUUUGAUAGUGGCUGUUCCAAACAUAUGUCUGGUGAUAAGAGUGUCUUCUCAUCUCUCAGUCCUUUUGACGGAGGCACUGUGGCUUUUGGUGGAGGUCACAAGUCUCAAGUUGUUGGAAAAGAAGUUAGAUUCUCCAAGCAUGGGUGCAAAAUCAUUGGAAAAGAUGGCAAUGAGAUUGUGAGCGUGGCUAGGUCUAGGGACAAUUGCUAUUGCAUUGAUGGUGUCAAUGAUGCAAAAGAAGUAGUUUGCAAUAAGGUUGUGAAUGAAACAAGUGUCUUGUGGCAUCAAAGGCUUGGACAUGUGAACUUUAGAGACUUGCAUAAAUUGUCCAGGAAAGAGUUAGUGAGUGGAUUACCAAAGCUUGACAAAUCUGAUCAACAUUUUUGUGAAGGAUGUCAAUUGGGGAAGCAAGUUAGAGUGUCACAUAAGAAGGUCAAACACAUUCAAACACAAGUAAGCCUUGAACUUGUUCACAUGGACCUUAUUGGUCCUAUCCAAACCUUGUCCCUUGGUGGAAAGAAAUAUAUUCUUGUCAUGGUUGAUGAUUUCUCUAGGUUCACUUGGAUGGGAAUUAAGCAUGAGUUCUCCGCUCCUAUUACACCUCAACAAAAUGGUGUUGUGGAGAGAAAGAAUAGAGUUCUUGUUGAGAUGGCUCGGGUGAUGCUCAAUAGCAAAAAUCUCUCUACACCUAUUACACCUCAACAAAAUGGUGUUGUGGAGAGAAAGAAUAGAGUUCUUGUUGAGAUUGCUCGGGUGAUGCUCAAUAGCAAAAAUCUUGCUAAACAUUUUUGGGUUGAAGCUGUAAGUACAACUUGUUAUAUCUCAAACAGGGUAUUUUUGAGGUCUGGUACCAAACAAACUCCCUAUGAGAUUUGGAAAGGAAAGAAGCCUAAUGUGUCAUAUUCUAGGGUGUUCCACUUCAAGCCGAGCCUAUGGAGUGUACAACUAUAG